AUGGGAUCUGAAAUGAAUUUAAUAGGACAUCACCAACUGGCCACUGCAGAUGGAUUUUCUCUUGCUGAAGGUCCUCAUUUGUUUGGUGUCCUUUCAGAGCCAAUGAGUUCUCCAGUGCAAGAGGCAGAUGUGUCACCUUACACACAGUACAACAGUGUGCCAUUCCCCCAAGUUCAGCCUCAGAUUUCCUCACCACCUUAUUACUCCAACCUGGGCUUCUACCCUCCGCAGCAUGAGGAGUGGUACUCCCCCGGGGUGUACGAGCUCAGGAGACUACCUUCAGAGACCUUUUUCACAAGAGAGACAGAGAUCACAGAUAUUCCUGCAGCUAAAAAGCCAAGACUGAGUCACUCCACAGGAAGAGUGAAAGGAGAAGAGCUCUGUGUGGUCUGCGGUGACAAAGCCUCUGGCUACCACUACAAUGCUCUUACUUGUGAAGGAUGCAAAGGGUUCUUCAGGCGAAGCAUCACCAAAAACGCAGUCUACAAGUGUAAAAACGGAGGCAACUGCGAGAUGGACAUGUACAUGAGGAGGAAAUGCCAGGAGUGCCGGCUGAGGAAGUGCAAGCAAAUGGGCAUGUUGGCUGAAUGUAUGUAUGCAGGUCUGCUAACAGAAAUACAAUGCAAGUCCAAAAGGCUAAGGAAAAAUGUGAAACAGCCUCCAGAUCAAACAGACAAUGAAGGCCAUGACGUGAAACAAGUGACAUCUACAACUAAAAUAUAUAGGGAGAAAGUAGAAUUUACCCCAGAACAGCAGAAUCUUCUUGAUUACAUCAUGGAUUCAUACAGCAAACAACAAAUACCACAGGAAGUGUCCAAAAAAUUAUUACAUGAGGAAUUCAGCGCUGAAGGAAAUUUUCUGAUCUUGACAGAAAUGGCCACCAGCCAUGUGCAGGUUCUUGUGGAGUUCACUAAAAAACUACCAGGCUUCCAAACUCUUGAUCAUGAAGAUCAGAUUGCUUUGCUGAAGGGCUCAGCAGUAGAAGCCAUGUUCCUCCGUUCAGCUGAGAUCUUCAGCAGGAAACUUCCUACAGGACACACUGUCCUCUUAGAAGAAAGAAUUCGCAACAGUGGUAUCUCAGAUGAUUUCAUAACUCCAAUGUUUAACUUUUAUAAAAGCAUUGGAGAGCUGAAGAUGACACAAGAAGAAUAUGCACUGCUCACAGCCAUAAUUAUUCUGUCUCCAGAUCGACAAUACAUAAAGGACAGAGAGUCUGUGGAAAGGCUUCAAGAACCCCUGCUGGAUAUUCUCCAGAAAUGCUGCAAACUUCACCACCCAGAUAACCCUCAACACUUUGCCUGUCUCCUGGGCCGUCUCCCAGAACUACGGACAUUUAACCAUCACCAUGCAGAGAUGCUGAUGUCCUGGAGAGUGAAUGAUCACAAAUUCACACCUCUUCUCUGUGAGAUCUGGGAUGUGCAGUGA